GAACAUAAAACUAAGAUAAAACAGAUGUAGGUCUUUUCUUGGAAGAAAAGCUCAAAAAAAAAUAUAAUUAUUACUUCUUUUGAAGAUGUAAUGGUUCAUUAAUAAAACUUAUAUUUGAAAUAUCUAUACCUUUUUCAGUCUCUCCUUUUAAAAAACAUCCAUCUCCUUCUUUUUUGAAUAAAAUCCUUAUUACGG